AUGCUAUAUGGUUCCGAGUGUUGGGCAGCGAAAAAGAUCCACGAAAAUAUACUGCACGUAAACGAAAUGAAAAUGCUGCGAUGGUCAGCCGGCGUAACAAGGCUCGAUAGGAUACGCAACGAAUACGUCAGAGGCUCCUUCAAAGUUGUACCCAUAGGGGAUAAGCUGGUGGAGAGACGAAUGCGUUGGUUUGGCCAUGUUAUGAGAAGGGACGAAGAGUACCCAGUGAAAAAGGCCUUGGCUAUCCCGGAAGAGAGAAGAGAACGAGGGCGCCCGCUAGCUACGUGGUGGACAACCGUAGCCAAAGAUCUGGAACGGGCACAGCUGAACACAGAGACAACCCAGGACAGGUGGUCCUGGCGUCUAAGGACGAGGAGAGCCGACCCCAAAUGA